AUGCACUCUGACUUGCAGAGAGAGUAGACAUGUCUAAGGGACGUGUGCUGGAGCUCUUCUAUGAUGUGGUCUCCUCAUAUUCCUGGCUGGGGUUUGAGAUCAUGUGCCGAUAUAAAAAUAUAUGGAAUGUAGAUGUUCAGUUCCGUCCUGGAUUUCUUGGGGGAAUAAUGCAAGCAACAGGUAACUCUUCACCUGCAAUGGUUCCCAAAAAAAGAGCAUAUGUGGUACAGGAUAUGGAGAGACUAUCAGAAUAUUACCAGGUUCCGCUGAAACAACCCAGUGACUUAUUUCAAGUUGUUAUUAUAAAAGGAAGUCUCUCAGCCAUGCGCUUUGUCACUGCCGUUCAAUUGGUGCAUCCUGAAUUCGUAGAACCGGUUUCAAGGGAGCUUUGGAGGCGGAUCUGGUCUGAGGAUAAAGAUAUUACAGAACCAGAGAGCAUACUGGAG